GCGGCGGCAGGAGCAGCGGUUCCACGUCGCCGGAAAGGAGGAAGGGAGCGGGUCGGGCCAGCCUUGGUGCCCGGCUUCGGGGGGCGUCCCCUCUUACGCGGGCGCCGCCUCACCUCGCUCUGCCCAGCGGGCUGCGGAGGGGCCGGGACCAUGUCGGGGCCGAGCCCGGUGGAGCCAGACGAGCUGUACGAUUUCCUGUUCAAGCUGGUAUUGGUGGGAGACGCCAGCGUGGGCAAGACUUGCGUCGUGCAGCGGUUCAAGACGGGCGCCUUUUCCGAGCGCCAGGGCAGCACCAUCGGUGUGGACUUCACCAUGAAGACGCUGGAGAUCCAGGGCAAGAGGGUUAAGCUGCAGAUCUGGGACACAGCAGGCCAGGAACGCUUCCGCACCAUUACCCAGAGCUAUUACCGAAGUGCCAAUGGAGCCAUCCUUGCGUAUGACAUCACCAAGAAGCGGUCUUUCCAGUCCAUUCCUCAAUGGAUCGAGGAUGUGAGGAAGUAUGCAGGUUCCAACAUAGUCCAGUUGCUGAUUGGGAACAAAUCCGAUCUAAGUGAACUCCGAGAGGUUCCGCUGGAAGAAGCUCAGAGCCUGGCCGAACACUAUGAAAUCAUCUGUGCCAUCGAGACAUCUGCAAAAGACUCCAGCAAUGUGGAGGAGGCUUUUGUGAAAGUGGCGACAGAGCUCAUGAUGAGGCACGGGGGCCCCGUGUUCAUUGAGAAAAAUCCAGUCGGCAUCAAACUCGACAGCAAGGACGUGGUGGAAAGCUGGGGUUGUGGAUGCUGAUUGCGGGUGAAGGGCAGGGAGGGAGGUGCUCACCCGACUGGUUUUUUAGACAAUGCUAAUACUGUAGUUCUCUUCUACCUAAUCCUAAGUAGUGCAAUUGCAGUAUCUUUCCCCUGUGGGACCAGCAAUUUUGUAGCAAUCAGACACCAAAUUGCAAUUAUGGUGGUGAUUUUCCAAUUUAAAAGGACACGUGUGUCGGGGGGGGGGGGGCGCAGGUUAAAAAGGACAGAACCCCAUUCCCUUGGUUCUAUACAUAGGGAAUCUUUGCAAAGGAAUGGGCAGGGAACAAAGCUCAGCCUAGGUUAGUUGGUUUCAUCGUGUUUUGGAGCAAUAAGUGAACAGAAGAUGUGGCUAAAAAGUUGAAUCUUGAGUGUGAUGGCUGAGGAGAGAGCAGUCCUAGCAACCUUUUGGCAGCCCUGUUCCAAUUUGUCAUUGUCUAGGAGCAACCAGAGAUCCUGAGAGGUUAGUUUGGACAUAGGAAGAGGCUGAUCUGAACAUCUAGUAGGGCGUUGUAUCCUACCUCUGUGGUGGAAGGGACACCACCAUGGAAAUGAGAUGAUGUAACUGCAUCGCUAAGGAUCACCAGUAUGAAUUCAAGUGAGCCACCUUCUAUGUCAUUUCUGUUAUUGAUAUUCUUGUGGUCAUUCAAGUUAUGGGAUGGGUAAGAACCAGCUUGUUUAGCUCAGCUAGCCACCAGGGAGGGAAGAGUGGUCUGGAUGGCAGUCCAUCGGAAUGACCAUACUUACAUGGUUCAUCUUGGGGUGGCCCCCAUUCCGGGACGUGGAUAAACAUUUUCAACUUCUGGCUGGGUCCUGGGGCAGCCUACCCCUUCUUAUCUGAGGCUGGCCCAGCUAAACCCAGACAUAUUGUCAGCUUAGCAUUUCAGGGCACUUUGUUUUCAAGGGAAUGGCUGCUUCCUAAGGACCCUAGCAAUUGCAGCACCAAUCACAGGGCUAUGCAAUCAUACAUGCUCCGUGAAUUGUUACUUGAUGAGACUGGAAUUAGUGCCAGAUAGAAAAGUCUGUUUUUUAGCAUUUGUGAGCUGUAAAUUAGUGUGAUGUGGAAGCAUGUGCUGUCCCCUGGGUUCUGUGCAGGCACACCCAUUUUAAGUCUGAAUGUCAUGGUCGGGGGUUUUAAGUCGCUUACAGAACUCAGCACUAAGCGGGAGACUCCUCUGUGAAUUAAAACAUGGUUCAGUUCUGCUUGGGGAGACACGGCACUCUUCUGCUUAACUCCCUUCUGUUUCACAUUCUAGUUCCCAAGCGACUUCCAAGAUAUCAACUCGCUGCCUUGUUUUGGUCCCUUGAGCUUUUCAGCAACAAAAUAUUUCUUUUACCCUUGAUCCAAAAGGAGUGGCUCGAUCAUUAAAUUUCAUUUUGAAAUUCAAA